GUUCCUAUAAGGUGUCAGGAUGUCACUGUCUAUUUCUCCAUGGAGGAGUGGGAGUAUAUAGAAGGGCACAAGGAUCUCUACAAGGACGUCAUGAUGGAGAAAGGGCCUCCUAUCAUAUCAACUGAUGGAUCCAGUAAUGGGAACCCACCAGAGAGAUGUCCCCGUCCUCUGUAUUCCCGGGACUCCACACAGGAACAUCAGGAGAUCCCUCAGGAGGAUCAGGUAGGUGGAAAGUCUUUUUUAAGCAGAAUUCUAGCCAGAUAUAAAAGACAAGAAUUAGCUCUGUAUUCAACGAUACAUACUGCAAUAUACACUAUAUUGCCCCAAGUAUUG